CGCAACUGUAUGUUGAUUGUGUUGGUGUACACUUUUGUCGCCGCCGAUUGAUUUACAUCGUCGCCGUCGUCAGCGAAAAAAAUUGAUUGGUCUCGUUGUCUCCAGAUGAGUUAAAAGAAAAAAAAUGAAGCGCAUUAGUGAAAAGAAGUUGGAGGCCUUCAAUGUGGGCACAAUGGCCAAGCGCCAGCUGUCCAAAAAGGAGAUUGAGGAACAAAAGAAAAAGGACGAUGAGGAAGCGGCCGCACAUGUCUUCAAAGAGUUUGUGGAAACAUUUCAAGAGGUGCCUUCGGCAUCCUCCAAAGUUUGGGUUAAGGCCGGCACUUAUGAUGCUGGUUCUCGAAGGGAGGACAACCGAGAAAAGGGAAAGCUCUACAAACCAUCUUCUAAAGUUGACGACAAAUCCGCCACAGAAAAAGCCCAAGAAUUUGCUAAAUUUUUGGCUUCCGACUUAAAGAAAGAUUCUCUGAAAAAGAAGAGCCAGGAGAAGAAGAAAAGUAACUUGGAGUUGUUUAAAGAGGAAUUGAGGCAAAUACAGGAGGAACGUGAAGAACGGCACAAAUAUAAACAUAUGGUGCAAUCCAAUUUAAUUACUCCCAAGGAACCGAAAGAUCAUGGAUCGUCGGAUCAUCAUGAGGUGGUUGAACGAUCAGGUUCGCAUGACACUGGCGAUCCAAAUACCACAAACUUGUAUUUGGGAAAUCUAUGUCCCAAGUUGACGGAACAACAAUUGAUGGAGAUAUUUGGACGUUAUGGACCAUUGGCUAGUAUAAAAAUCAUGUGGCCAAGAUCGGAGGAGGAGAAAUCACGAGGACGUAAUUGUGGUUUUGUGGCCUAUAUGAGUCGUAAAGAUGCUGAGCGUGCCUUGAGGACACUUAAUGGACGCUUUAUAAUGGGUUAUGAAAUGCGUUUGGGUUGGGGUAAAGCUGUACCCAUAAUGAAUCAACCCAUAUUUAUUCCACCUCCAUUGCUGGAGCUGACCAUGCCUCCGCCAGCAUCUGGUUUGCCAUUUAAUGCCCAACCGCCAACAACUGAACGGGCAAAUCUACCAUCUAAAAAUUACAAAGAAUAUACAACAGAUGAAGAGAAAGAAAACAUGGAAAAGAUCCUCCAAAAAUCGGUGGUCAAAGUUAUAAUUCCAACGGAGAAAACUGUACUUCAUAUCAUCCAUCGCAUGAUAGAAUUUGUAAUACGCGAAGGUCCAAUGUUUGAGGCCUUGAUUAUGAGCAGAGAAAUUGAAAAUCCAGCAUUUUCUUUUUUAUUCGACAAUGAGAGUCCAGCCCAUAUAUACUAUCGCUGGAAGUUAUUCUCGUUGUUGCAGGGCGAUACUCCAAAUGAAUGGAACGAAAAGGAAUUUCGCAUGUUUAAAGGUGGCCCCAUUUGGAAACCACCAAUGGUGAAUUUUUAUACCCAAGGUAUGCCUGACGAGUUGGUUGUGGAUCCAGAUGCUCCAGAAGUUCACAAGGGGGCCUUGUCAACUGCGCAACGUGAUCGUUUGGAGGAUCUCAUACAUUAUUUAACACCGGAACGUUCUCGCAUUGGUGAUGCUAUGAUAUUUUGUAUAGAACAUGCCGAUGCUGCUGAUGAAAUAUGUGAAUGUAUUGCCGAGUCCUUGGCUAAUCCAUCUACUUUAGCUUCCAGAAAAAUUGCACGUUUGUAUUUAGUUUCGGAUAUCUUACACAAUUGCACGGUAAAAGUGGCCAAGGCAUCAUUCUUCAGAAAAUCCAUUGAAAAACAUUUGACGGAUAUAUUUGAAAACUUGCAUGCAUUUUAUAACAGCAUAGAGAGUCGUCUUAAGGCGGAGGGUUUUAAAAACCGAGUUUUAAAUGUCUUAAAUGCCUGGGAUGAUUGGGCCGUCUAUUCGAAGGAGUGUUUGUUGCAAUUGAAAUGCACGUUUCUGGGAAAACAAAUGAGCGUCAUUGAAUCGCCACCACCCGAAGAGGUAAAGGAGGUGGAAGAAGAAGACAUUGAUGGUGCACCCCUGUCUGGCGACGAAAGAGAUGACGAAGAUUUGGAUGGUGUGCCAUUGGAUGGAGCCGCUCUACUGAAGGGUGUAUUAAUGAGAACUUUGCCUGAAACUGCACAAAAAAGUAAUUCCAUCAAAAGGAGUCAAGAGGUUAGUCGGGAUGCAGAUUACAAUGAUGAUAUCGAUGGUGUACCACUUUAUGAUGACAUUGAUGGGGUACCCUUGGAAAAAGAUACAUCCGAUGAAAUGAUGUCUUCUGAUGCAAUGAUGGGCGGUAGAUCAACUUCAUCCAAAGCCCCGGCAUUUAUAUCUUCCAAAUGGGAAACUAUUGAUCCUGAACAAGUGGCCGAACAAGCUGUGACUACUAGCAAAUGGGAAUCCUUGGAUCCCCCCGAUCCACCCAAAUAUGAUGGAGGAGACAGUGGUGAAGACUAUGAUGAAAUAAAGCGUAUAAAACUGCGAGAACUCGAGGUUAGGACAAUGCAGUAUCAAGAUUCCUUGGAGACAGGUGAAACCGAACUCAAACCAGGUUGGACCAUAAGUGAACAAGUUGAACAAUAUCGUAAAAAAUUAUUAAAAAUGUCCUCGGAUUCUGUGGACUCACCACUGAGUUAUAUGUUUAGCAAAGAUGCAAGUCCUGAACGUUCGAGAAACUAUAAACGUUCUCCUUCACCGGCCCAACAUUCAAGGGGCAGUUCACGUUCCAGUCCAACAAGGGGUAGCCGUAAACGUUCAUUGUCACCCUAUAAAAGUGGCAGCAGCAGCAGUAGGCGGGAAAAGUCACCAUCAUCGACCAGUCGGGACAGUAGCAAAUAUAGUAAACGUCAUCGCUCACGUAGUAUAUCACCAUCACCCCCACAUCCUCUGGAUAGAACUUCCUAUCCGACAAAAUCUUCACGUUAUGCAAGCCCUGUUGCUUCAUCCCGAUCAAAAAGGUCGCCAUCACCCUCAUAUUCCCGUUCAUCAAAACGUGAUGAUCGUGAUGUAUAUUCCAACAGUUCGACGCGAAGAGAUGAAAGAAGCAAAUCAUCCAACAGAAGUAAAUACUAACAAGAAUAUCUUUCUUUCGGAUAUUUAUCAACAAUUCACAAAUAGUGAUGUAGAGAGUUUGAAGAUAAAAUAAAACAUUUUAUUACAACAAAAUUCAUCUUUAAAUAAA